AUGGCUGCGAGGGAGGAGGAGGAGGAGGACGAUGAGGAAGCCUGGCUGCAGCUUCGUCCUGUGGAGCCCCUGCCCUCCCAGUGCUGCGGCAGUGGCUGCUCACCCUGUGUGUUCGACCUCUACGACCGAGACCUGGCGAGGUGGGAGGCAGCCCGAGCCAGCAGGGACAGAAGCCUGCUGAGAGGGAAGGAACUGCCGAACUUGCCCUCUCGACUCAGCCCGGAGACGUUCCUGGCCUUCCGCAUCAGUGCCUUGGACAGACUCACUCAGGACACCUACCGGGUGCGGUUUGCACUGCCUGGGAGCAGCCAGCUCGGCCUGCGGCUCGGCCUGCGGCCCGGCCAGCACCUCAUCCUACGAGGGAUAGUAGAUGGCUUAGAAAUCCAGAGAGCCUACACACCCAUCAGCCCUGCCAAUGCAGAAGGCUACUUUGAAGUUUUGAUCAAGUGCUACCAGACUGGGCUCAUGUCCCGGUAUGUUGAGUCCUUGAGAGCAGGAGACACGGCUUUCUGGCGAGGACCUUUCGGAAACUUCUUCUAUAAACCAAACCAGUAUGGUGAGCUUCUCAUGCUGGCGUCGGGCACCGGCCUGGCCCCCAUGGUGCCCCUCCUGCACAGCAUCACAGACAAUGCGGAGGAUGAGACCUUCGUCACCCUGGUCGGCUGCUUCAAGACCUUCGAGGGCAUCUACCUGAAAACCUUCCUGCAGGAGCAGGCCCGCUUCUGGAACGUUCGCACCUUCUUUGUUCUCAGCCAGGAGAGCUCCCCGGAGCAGCUGCCCUGGAGCUACCGGGAGAAGACCCGCUUCGGCCACCUGGGCCAGGACCUGGUCGACGAGCUGGUUGGCUCCUGCCGGAGAAAGCCGUUUGCGUUGGUCUGUGGCUCGGCCGAGUUUACCAAGGACAUGGAAGGGUGCCUGCUGCGCGCGGGCCUGGCCGAGGACUCCUACUUCCUCUUCUAG